UCGCUCGCUCUCUCGCUCUCUCGUGUGUGUGUGUGUGUGCGCGCGUUUAAGAUGCGCGAUUUGUUAUACAAAAUUGACAACGAUUAAUAUAUAUAUUUAUAUAUAUAUACGAACUGGUCAGCACAGCUGCUAACCCUAACUCGCUUGCAUUUGCAUUGCAAUUAGGAAAUCAAUAUUGCGUCUCUCUCUCUCUCACUCUCUCGAAUAUUUGCGAUCAAUCGCCAACGACCAUCGGCACGUCCAUUCAACUGCACUCAACCCACACACAUAGAAGAAGGAAAAAUAAAAUUAGAAAAAAGUUAGAAAAAAAACAAACGACUUUGUGCGCAGUGCAAAAAGCAAAUCGUGAUAAAUUUUCGCUUAAAUUGUGCAAACGAUUUUUUGGUAAAAAAAAACAUUUAACAACGACUGCAUGUGUGUGCGAGUGUGUGUGCAUGUGCAGGUGUGUAUGUGUGUGUGUGACUAAUUAAGAAUUUGAUGUGCAUUUGCAAAACGAUUUCAAAAGAAGAUCGAACUACACUCGCCUCAACAAGUGCAACAAUUUGUUUAUUCAUCCAGCAACAACAAACACAGCAGCAACAACAACUCAAAUAACAACUAAUGUAAUUAGAACUGCGCAAAACGCUUUUGAUGAGUCAAGAUUUUAAACAAGGUUUCUAAGUCGAACCUAACACAGAAUAUAAAAUGCCUGGAACGCCAGCUUAAAACUUUUCUCCCAGCCAAGUGAAAAAUUGAAAGCGAACAGCAACAACAACAACCCCAGCAACGACUCACAGAAUAAUUAUAGCUGAUAAAAGAAAAAGUACUUGCAAUAGGAGUCAAAAUGCCGCCUCAACCUCAGCAUCAACAUGGAACAACAACAACAGCAGCGGCGAACGGCGGACCACGUGUCAGCUUCAAUCGGGAUGUUCAUGUGAAGCGCAUAGCCAAGCGCCCAAACGAACCGUCUGAGUACGACUACGAGACAACAGAUUUAGCGCCGAUUGGCUUAGAGGGCUACCAUCAGCUACCGCCGGACAUCGAUCCGGAGGACAUACGAAAGGAGGCGGCUCUAGUCAUCGCACAGGCCGGCCAGCAUCAGAGCAAGGCGGCCAACGGGGAUAAUAUACCCACGUUUCGUGUGAAGCAGAAGCCGCGUCAAAGCUCAAACAGCGAUUCGCAGCGUUUCCAUUCGUUGCCCACGCGUCGCAAAAAGGGCAAGCCUGUGGCACGCAGCGUGAGCGACGCCUCAGCAGCCAAGAAACCAGCCAAACGUCCCUCGAUCUUUGGCCUAUUCAGUCGCAAGAGCGACACGAAUGUUAGUCAAUUGGAGCGAGAUCCACGCUUCGAGGACGGACCGCCAGGCCGUCGUUUAGUACGCAGCAAAAGUGAUGUUGGCAGCGCUCAAAAGGAUUCACGCAACAGCAAAGUGAGCAAGAAGAACGACACAGCGAGUACAGCGGCCAAGCAGCAGCUGAGUCCCAUCAUCGAGCAGACGCAGCGGGAGGACUUCUUUGAGCAGGACUAUUUCCGGGAACGCGAGCGACGCAAAUCGGACGCUGUUACUGUGCGCGAAAAGCAUGAGAGCGGCCAGGGUCUGAGUGAGCUGCUCUCACGCAGUCGUUCCAAAGCGGAGCUGGACGGGCCGCUGUUGAAGAAGCAAUCAGUAGUCGGUGCACCAGGCACAGCAACAGGUUCAUCCAUAUCCGCUGGCAUACGGGAUCGCAUUGAGACAUUAAAGUCCAAGUCUAGCGAAAAUAUGCACAGUUCACAGCAGCCAGCGGAGCGUUUGCCGCUGACCAGGGGCCGCACCGUCAAUGGCCUGGUGAAGCGUUUGUCCAUGGAGCGCUUCUCGCCACAACCGGUCAUUAGUCAGCCGGCCUUCUCCUACAUAAGGCCCAACGAGGGCAUCACCUACGCCCAGCUUGAUCUGAGCGACGAGCCGCAGCAGCAGCAGCAGCAACAUCAGCGUGUUUCUGGCCGAGAUUCGCGUACACCGCAACGCGAAUUCCCACCACCAAGGCCACCUAGAGCCACCGACCGACCUUUGAGGAGCUACUCACCCAUGCAGAAUGGAGGUGGGGGAGCAGCAACUCCGUCCAGACUGGCCAGCUCCCAUUCGCCAUCGCCAUGGCAACAGCUUAGUCCACGCAAUCUCAGCGAUGAGGAUGAAGGUCUCGGCUUCGAGACACGCAAAUUGUAUUAUGAGGAAGAAAUACCCAAGCAGGAACGACGCGCGGAACCACCUAUUGUGCCCGUUAUCAGAAGCGUCAGUCCAGCGCCCUAUCUCGAUGAGCUGGGCUACAGACGAGCGCAGCUCGAGAAUCGCAUAUUGACGCGUCGCUUCGGCGAGGUGGCCACAUUGGAGCGUCAGCAUAACUAUAAGCAAGAGCGCGAAAGAUUCCGUGAUUAUCCCAGUCCUGAAAGGGAGAGGGAAAGGGAACGUGAAAGGGAAAGGGAAAGAGAAAGGGAACGGGAACGGGAACUAGUUGCCGAUGAGCGUUAUCAUCGACCCGUUCAGCUGGAGCUGGAGAACAGUACCACACUGCCGAAGAUAGAGAAGAGCUCGCGCUAUCGCCACACCAAGUACUAUGAUGAUGGUAGUGGUGGCAUCAAGGAGACCUAUGUGCGCGAGACCCAAAGGGAUGGGCAGGUGCGCGAAUCGCGGCAUCGCGAAAGACUCGGCUCCUCGCCACGCGAGCUCGAGGAGCAGGAGCCGAAGAGCCUGGACUCCCAGCUGACUGUGGGCACGGAUCAGUACAGAUCCUCGCCAGAGCUGCGCAGCACAGAACGCGGCCGACUGCAGGACUAUUGGCAGAGCAGCCUCAAGCGUGACAAGCUGCAGCAGCGCAGCUUCGACAAGGGCGACUCUGGCAUUGAGAAUGAUUUCCGCAAGGAAUCGUUCAAUGGCGAUUUAACCACAAGAUGGCGCAAGCGCACGGCCCUUGAUGAUAUGAGGGCUUGCGAGUCCUUUUUGCGCAAGGAGCGCCGCGAGAGCGCCCAGCAGCUGCAGGAGCUGCAGCGUCUGCGUCGUGAGCACAGCUAUGUGUAUAGGGAACGCUCCAUAGACGAUGGCUCCCACUUUGAUCCGCAUCUGGACAAGUAUCCAGUGUCUACGAGCACCUUGCGUCGCAGAGAGCAGCAAUCGCAGCAAUCGCAGCAGAAACAGCGCGAAGAUUCCAGCACGCUGAAGCGCAACAAGAAGCUGGGCGGCUUUGAGAAAGUGAAGCAGCUGUUCACAGGUAACGGCGGCAGUGGCAGCAACGGCGGCAGCGGUCGCAGCAGCGGCAGCAAUGUCUCCAGCGGCAAGAAAGACACACAGUCACGUCUGACCAAUGGCACCAGCAGCACGCUGAGCCGCCGUGACAAAGAUAAGGAGAGGGCCAGGCUGGAGAAGGACAAGGAGAAGGAGCGCUACAUGGUACGGGAGGAGGAGAUGCGUUCACGCUAUCGCGAGCAUCAUCAAGCAUCAACCGAAGAGACCUCACGCGAACCAAAGACUAUGGACAUCUCUAUGCGCCGACGGCUCUCCACGCCGAAAGCUAGUCCGUUGCUGUUGAAGAAGCCGCCCAAGCAGAAGACAACGCUCACCAGCUCAUCAUCGACGCCCAUCAAGGCGGAGAAGACCAGCUGGUUCAAGUCGCUGGAUCGUCGUGCCAAGAGCAAUCCCAAGGAGCAGCUCAAUGUUUCAGUGAACGGACACAGCGAGACCAGCUCCAGCUUGAAGCGCAGCAAGCGCAAUGCCAGCGCCGCCCCAGCCAAGAAUUUGCGUUUCUUCGGUGACACCGACUUGGACUCGAAUCCGCCAACCAUCUCAAAGGCCAGCAGCAUGCCGAGACGCCGUCCACAGCUGUCGAAGCACUCGCAGAGCGCCUAUCACUUGGAUCGCAGUCCGCCGCCGCCGUCGCGCGACUAUCGCCAGAGCCUGUCGACAGCGACGACGACAGCGGCGACGACGAUGACACCGACCGGAGCACGGCAGCGCGCCAGCUCGAUGCAGCACCUGGAGCACGGCAGCGAUGAAGUGGACUUCCGCAAGCGUCGCCACUAUUCGCGCUCCCGCGAGCUGCACGACAUCUCGGAGAGCGGCUCGGAGCCGGAGCCAGUGGAGCGACACAAGCGUGGCCCAACACAGCGUGCCAUGUCGCUCGAGCGUUCAGCCGAUCUGCCAAAGCGCUACGAGGAUAGGCCGCUGCUUGGACCCCCAAAGCCGGCGCGCAGUGCCGAACGUCGCGGACUGACUACGAGUGCAGUCGAUGGCGGCUACGGCAAGGAACGCUAUCCGGCGGAGAGCUCCGGCACAGAGGGCGAGUCGAGCUUGCACAGCCAGCGCAGCGUGGUUUAUUUGCAUGCCACCACAGUGGGCGACAUACCACAGCCAUAUAAUCUGCGACGUCGCUCCAUGUCGCGCGACGAUCUGCGCAAGGGCGGAGCAGCGGCAGCUGGAGCUGCUGGCGGCAAGCCCCCCUUGCAGCCCAUGACGCGCACCGUCUCGCGCUCAGUCUCCAUGCUGGCGCCCUGGAAGCCCAAGCACAUCAGCGAGGGCUACGAGAUCAACUAUUCGCAGGAGCAGAACAAGCGCAUCUCCACGCUGCCAAGGAAACCGCCGCCGCACAAUGGCGCCACCAGUGCGAGCACGCUGAGCCGGCUGGGCCGCAAGCAGGAGUCGUCAUCGUCCACCAAUCGACGCCACAACGGCUACCCAGUGGAUGAGCGUCCUCCGCCCUCGCGUUCGCUGCUGUCCGCAUCGAAUUUACGCAGCGCCAAGACAAAGUGAAGGGCGUAGGCAUAGGUAAUCAGACCAAGCCAGGUGCUGCCGCUGUUAUUAUUUAACUAUACCUAGUUGCUAAUCGUAAUCCGAAUCGAAACAUAUUUCUAAUCAAACGCAAAGCCCGCUUAAGCUGCAGAGCAACUGAAUCUGAAGCCCGGGCCAGGCGGCAUUUAGCUCACUAAGGACUCUUAACCCUUGUUGCAAUU